GGGUGUUUUUUAAGCGUCGUGUCACAUGAUGUGGAUGACAGACUCUGCGGCGGUAAACAGCUCACGACGACACACGAUAUUUUCCGCGCGUUAUUCAUCACUUUGUUGCUUUGCUUCUAGAAACAAGAAAAAGGUUUAAUCACAGCAGCAUUUAAGUCAAAGGACGUUUUAAGGAGUUCUUGAAAACCUAAAGUUAGCUUAGCGGGGCAGCGCGUUUAGCUAAAUAGUUGUCUGUCUGCUGUUGUGUUGCUGUUGUGUUGAUACUGUGAUUGCGUAACCAAACUUUUGAGAAAGCUGUGUACAAUGGCACAGAUUGGCACGGCAUUGUGCGUGGGAUUGAGCCUGUAUUUAAUUUUCGCCACUAUUUUGCACCAAGGUUCCGCUGACUCUGUUUCCACACCUGUACCUCCACCAACAACUCCUCCACCUCACAAGGGCCCUGGCAUACCCCCUCAAGGAGAAUAUAGAGUCAAAAAUGAGAAUGGCACAGUAUGCUUGAAAGCAAAUAUGGCUGUCCAGAUCAAUAUAAGCUUCAGUGAUGCUCAAAAUCUGACUGUGCGAAACGUUGUCAACCUUAAACCAAAUGAGACUACAAGCUCAGGAACAUGUGACAAAGAAAGGGCCACUUUGACACUCCAAUCAGGCCUAAAGACAGAACUUACUUUUGUAUUCUCCUUAAAUACCACAUCUAAUAAAUACCAUUUGAAUGGUUUGUCUAUUUUGGCAAUCUGGCCGGACAUGAAAGAGCGCUUUUCUGCCCACAAUGACAGCCUGGACUACCUCCGGGGCAGCCUUGGCUUCUCAUACAUGUGUCAGUCGGCGCAAACCCUAGAGGUGUCCCCAGACUUUUCACUUAACACAUACUUGCUACAUGUGCAGCCCUUUGAUCUGACAGGAGAUGCAUUUGGAUCUGUGCUGGAAUGCCUGUUGGAUGAAGAUAACUUGAUAAUUCCUAUUGUGGUUGGGGCAGCUUUGGCAGUACUUGUACUUAUUGUGCUAUUGGCCUACCUGAUUGGCAAGAAGAGAAGUCAUGCAGGCUAUCAGACCAUUUAAAUUGCAGUGUCAUUUUCUAUAAGGCCAGUGUCCACUGUAUUUUCUAAUUGGCUAUACUUUUCCCAUCAUACCCUUUUUUCUUUUGCACGUUUCUGUGAAUGUCUCUUAUCUGUUACUUAGGACAAAAGCUCUUACAACACAGAUUUAAUAGGUCCAUAAAAGUUCUCAAAAUCUGCACAUUUUAAAUAAGGGAUUUAAAUCAAAUUUUGUUAGUUUCUCUUCUGAAAAGUGUAAAAAGGAUACUUUGCUAUAUUUGGCUUAAACCAUCCUCAAUUCAAGACAGCUUAACAGUUCAAGAACAGUAACUAAAUUUCUACCAACUUCACUGUUUUCUAUGGCGUUUGUUGCACUUUUAGCAGGGGAACGUAAAGAAAUGUCAGUCCUCUAUAAUCUAGCUGUUGGCUAGGAUCAAUUAAGACUUGAUAUUUUGGGUGCUAAAGGGAAAUGUUACUCACUACAGUUGUUUAUAAAUGUACAGUAAGCCAUAAUACCAGUGCCUUUUCAAUGGUUACAUGGGAAGUAGACAUUUCAUAAACAUCACUGCCUCUGCCAUGUACACACAUGGUCAUGUAAUAUUAUGUUUGUUUGAUAUGUUUUUUGUCACUUGUAUACAUAUAUUGUUUUAAUGGACUGAUGUUAUUUCUAAAAGGGAGUUUAAUAAAAAUAAAUGAGUGAAUUUCAAAGUUUAUUUAAAGAGUUGUUUUUUUUUCAGUCAAACUAUGUAAUAGUUAAAGUAAACCUGUACAAAAUUGCCCCAUCC